GAAAUUUUGUUUCAACUUUUAUUAAGUUUGUGUUAAAGUUACAGCAGUUAAAGUUAAUGAAUAUUUGAUUAAUUAAUUGUUUAUUGUUUCGCGAUGGCCGAAUCAAAGAUCGGCUACGGUCGAAAUCAAAGAAAUGACGUCAUGAGUAGGGCGACAACGAUUCAAAGUCAUCGUCCAACGACUGGCGCAUCAGAGAUAGUAAUCCCCCACAAUGCAGUUGAUGAAGAGAAACUACGUGCACGAUUGGUGUCACGUGCGCCCAUGCAGGCCCCUUCGUACAAUUCGGCGACGUUGGGCUUGAGGCGCGUUACCAAAGCACAACUCGCGACAAAGGAACGCGAGAAAUCGGUCAAACUUGAACCUUUGCCCACCCUGGCCACCUUCCAAGCCCACAACCAACCCAGUUACAUCCAGGAGCAAAACAGACGUGCCAUCUUGAACCAGAUGCGCCUCCCACAACCCCCCUCUGUUGCCAAGUCAACGGGGGUCAUGGGAACCACGUUGUCACGGAAACGAUCGGCAACAGUGGGUGCGACGAUCGGACGAUCGCUCGGAAGUGCUGACGAUAAAUUGGUGCUUCCCCCUCUUACCCCUAAAAUAUCGAAAACGGAGCCCCCACAAAAGCCCCACCACCCCAGAGCCCUCACAAUGGACACAGCGUUAAUCUACCGGCUCACCCUUGAGGAAAUAUUAGCGGCAGAUAUCCGGGAUCCGCUUCAGAUCACGAGGAUUGUGAAGGAAAAUCGCAGAAUUGGAUUCUUGUAUCUCACGCCUCGUGUGGACAGAUCGUCGAACGACUACUCCCCAUAUAACUUACGUAUCGUAACGCAUGAUUGCAUUAACGCGGACGACUACUUGACCGUGAGUUCGCAGGGCGUGACGCGCGUGCAGGGAGGCGAAACGGAGUUCACUGAACUGGAACGAUGGGAACAGGAGUAUAGAUACUACUGUCAACUGACCAGCAUUGGAACUUUCAGUUUGUUCAGGAAAUGGAAAUCGUUUGCAGUUUGGAGAUUUAAUGUUCGACAUCAUAAAACAUCACAGAGGAGGAAAGCUUUGCAGGAGAAUCUCUUCUUUUUAAACCCCUCCCUCCGCCCCGCCCUCCUCAACGUGAGGGAGAUGUGUUAUAGGAUCAGCGACAUGGGAUUAUGUAGGAUAGAGAAGGGAUACACGUACCGUCUUGCACAAUUCCGAGACGCGCAAUUUCAUCAACUUAACGAGGUGCAAGGACGAUUGGCCGAGUUCCGCGAUCUCAUUAAGGAGGUCGUUCGUAGCGCAUGCAGGACGGCAUUAUUAGAAGCCGGCUUCACCCCUGAUGAUUAUUUCUACGAUGUGGAAAGCCCGGGGGUGAUGGGGUACGGGGAAGAUGGCCAACCCAUACCAGGCACUGCUGGUUCAUCGAUGCUCGUACAAUCACAGAUCGAAGAUAUGUUCGGGGACGCCCCGGAUAAAAUGACGUACACGGAACAAGCAAACAAACGAUCGCAUUGUAGACGAUUGUCAAGCUUUAUAAGGUUAGCUGAUUAUUUGAUCGUAAACACAAUGCACGUGCUGGCCGUCAACUCGGUGUCAACGUUGUUGAAUUAUUUGACAGAACAACUUCAACAAACGCCAACAGAGGAAGAAAUAUUGAGCUGGGAGGGUGAUUCCCCGGUUGAGGAAACGAAAACAUCGACCGUUGUCACCGCGGUACCAGGGGCUGGGGAAGAAGAAGAAACCCCCGUUUUACCCCCAUUAUUCUUGACCGAGUUUGACUUGGACGUAACAUUGUUGUCGUUUUCACCAAACGUUGAUGAUUUCCACGAAGCUUUGCAAGAUGUCAUUACAAGGUUCCAGGAGACCGUCCUCUCCGUGUCCAACCUCGUUGUUGAUUCUUACUUCGAUGCUUUUACGCGCCCGAUUAUCAACAGCAAGUUUGAGGAGAAAACGUGCGGGGACGGGCCGUCGUUGUCGGCCAUGUUUGAUGAUGAUAGAAAUCUUAUAAAGCUCAUCUCAGACAUUAAGGAGUCGAUCAGCAAGGCGUUCCACACGGCCGACUUUUACUCGGAAACUUUGUCGCACUUCCAGGAGUUUUAUCGCGAGAACGAACUUUUGGACCUCAAGGGGUUGAAGGACGGGGACCAUGGGGUGGAAUUUUUCUCUGAAUCAUUGGAGCGUUACAACAGCCAACACAAGUCCGCGGUUACCAUCGGCAACAAGAGAGCAAUCGGGAUGUUGUUCGUUGACGCAACGCAACUGAAAGCAAAACUGAUCCCUAACCCCCUCCGGUGUCUUGAUGCGAUAAACGACCUCCUACCCCAACUAGCGAAGCGUAAAAUGGACGCGAUAAUAUCCGAGGCACAAGACGCCCAGUUCAAGUUGGAGCUCGUCCCGUCCUCAACCACAGAAUUCGUUCAAUCGCUGACUUUCCUCGACGAGAUACAAGAGAGAAUCGAACCACUAGAUGAGCUAUCGAGUAUCGUCGUGGUGAUGUAUGACCUCAUCGAGAAAUAUCAAGUCCCAACCCCACCGGAGGAUUUCGCUGUUUAUAAGACACUGCGCCCAUCCAUCCAUAACGUUCGUAACGCGAUCGACAAAGCUGUAUCGGAGCGUGACGCAAACAUCGAUAAGUUUUGCACACACAUGGAUAAAGAUAUCUCUGAGUUAGGGAAAGAAGUGAAGGCUGUGAAACAAGAGAGUCAGGAUCCCACAAUAUUGGACUCAGGAUCCGACCACAAGAAGAUACAAUCCACCAUCCAGAAGAUGAUCGACACAAUGGAUGAUUUACAGAAACGAGCGUUUCAAUAUAAGUCGUACCAGAAGCAGUUUAAGGUGGAAGCCACAAAGUUUGAAGAGUUAGAAGAAGUCCACGCUGAGUUGAAGUUGAAGGAAUUAUUAUGGAAGUCGUUGGAUGAUUGGGAUGAGUUAUUAGGGGGUUGGAUGGGACAACCGUUUGAUACACUGGAUCCAGAGGCCAUGAGCCAACAGGUUGCAAAAUACGGUAAAUACUCUCACCAGUUGGAGAAAGGACUUCCUCCCAACAAUGUGGUUCCUAUACUUAAAGGGAAGGUUAAUGAUAUGAGGGAUAAGAUGCCGGUCAUCGCAAACUUACGAAACCCAUGUUUGAAAUCUCGUCACUGGGAGGCGAUAGAGACAGUUAUCGGACAAAAGUUGCCACCAAGUGUUCCACCAGCUACCAAGGAGGGCGAUGAAGAGCCAUUAUUCCUUUGUUUCCGUAUUUUAAACGAAUGGGGCGCGUUUGAGUCGGCCGAAGCUAUUGAAGAAGUUUCGGGUCAAGCUUCCGGGGAAGCCUCGUUGGAAACCAUGCUUAAGAAGGUUGAAGAUUCGUGGAAAGCUACGGAAUUCCCCGUGUUGCAUCACCGCGACUCCAAGGAUGUUUUCAUACUUGGUGGAACUGAGGAAAUUCAGGUCCAACUAGAUGACAGUCGAGUAUCCAUCGCAACCAUCAGUAGUUCAAGAUACGUCGGUCCAAUCAAGGAUAAAGUUGACGAUUGGCAACGACAACUAAACCUCAUGAAUGACACUCUUGAUGAAUGGCUGACAUGCCAAAGAAACUGGUUGUACCUCGAAUCUAUCUUCAGCGCACCCGACAUACAACGACAACUACCAGCCGAAGCUAAGAUGUUUAUGACCGUCGAUAAAUCGUGGAAGGAAAUCAUGCGGAAAGUCAACAGGCUCCCCAACGCCCUCCGAGCAUCCACUCAACCAGGCUUGGUUGAACAAUUCCAAAACAACAACUCGCUCCUGGAUCAGAUCCAGAAAUGUUUGGAGGCGUACCUCGAAUCGAAACGUGUUGUGUUCCCGAGGUUUUAUUUCUUAUCCAACGACGAGCUUCUUGAAAUACUCGCGCAAACAAGGAACCCUCAGGCAGUGCAACCUCAUCUACGAAAAUGUUUCGACGCGAUCGCUCUUCUUGAGUUUGGUACGGUUGCCGCCGGUAACGAUGGUAAGGCGACGCCUAGUGGUGAGGUGCAGGUGACGAACGACAUACUUGCGAUGAUAUCGCCUGAGGGUGAAAACGUGGGGCUUGGGAAAGGACUGAAAGCGCGAGGUAAUGUCGAGGAUUGGUUGGGCAAGGUAGAAGAGGCAAUGGUCAUCAACUUGAGGAAAAUGUCGAAAGCUUCGAUCAGUGAUUUCCAACAAAGAUCUCGUGAAGAAUGGUGCAGGGCCCAUCCAUCGCAGGUUGUGUUAACGAUCUCCCAAACAAUGUGGUGCCAAGAAGUCACGUCGAUACUCAACGCUGAUGGUGGCGUCGAACCACUAGAGGGAUUGAAGAAGUUUGAGCUUGUAUCGUUCGCUCGUCUGAACAGCCUUGCUGCCCUCGUGCGGACAAACUUGCCGAAACUACAUAGAAAUAACAUUACAGCGCUGAUCACGGUUGACGUGCAUGCUCGUGACAUCAUCACUGAUAUGGUUCGAAUGGGCGUCGACUCGGCCACCAACUUUGAAUGGUUGCGACAACUACGUUAUUAUUGGGAGCUCGAUAUUGAUGAUUGCGCUGUAAGGUGUGCGGGGUCACAAUAUAUAUAUGGGUACGAAUAUCUUGGUGCGUGUCCACGUCUCGUGAUCACCCCACUCACCGAUCGUUGCUACCUCUGUCUCAUGGGGGCUUUACAGCUUGACUUGGGAGGAGCACCCGCUGGCCCAGCUGGAACCGGAAAAACUGAAACCACCAAAGAUUUGGCGAAGGCUCUCGCAAAGCAAUGCGUUGUCUUCAACUGCUCCGAGGGAUUGGAUUUCAAAAUCAUGGGAAGAUUCUUCAGUGGUCUUGCACAAUCUGGAGCUUGGUGCUGCUUCGACGAGUUCAACCGAAUCGACAUUGAGGUGUUAUCGGUUAUUGCGCAACAAUUGCUGACGAUCCGGAACGCGAAAUCAGCUCGUGCGACGAGGUUUAUGUUUGAGGGUCGUGAAAUAAAGUUGGACGCUACAUGCGCUGCGUUCAUCACCAUGAACCCUGGGUAUGCAGGACGUACGGAACUACCUGAUAAUCUAAAGGCGUUGUUCCGACCCAUAGCGAUGAUGGUACCCGAUUACAAGUUGAUUGCCGAGGUUAUCUUGUACAGCGAGGGCUUCGAAUCUUCCAAGACAUUAUCACAGAAGAUGGUACAGAUGUAUAAGUUGUGUUCCGAACAGUUAUCACAACAAGACCAUUACGACUUUGGUAUGCGAGCGGUAAAGUCGGUUCUCGUGAUGGCCGGAUCGCUGAAGCGUGAGAACCCGGACAUCCAUGAAGACAUCGUGCUCAUCAGAGCGUUGCGGGAUUCCAAUCUACCAAAGUUUCUUGUGCAGGACGCCCAAUUGUUCCGAGCCAUAUUAUCGGAUCUUUUCCCCGGUGUAGAAAUACCUGAACAUGAUUACGGAGUGUUUGAAACAACCAUCAAAGAUUGUUUAACGGAGGCCGAGCUUCAACCGAUUGCUGCUGUCGUUAAGAAGGUGAUCCAGUUAUAUGAAACAAUGUUGGUACGACAUGGUGUUAUGUUGGUUGGGCCAACGGGAGGGGGUAAGACGACCGUGUACCGAAUGUUGGCGGCCACGUUGACCAAGUUGCACGAGAACGGCCAUAAGCAUCCUGAGUAUAAACCUGUUAAAACCACUGUGUUGAACCCAAAGAGCAUCGGUAUGGGUGAACUUUAUGGUGAAGAAGAUAAAUUAACAUUGGAAUGGAAAGAUGGGUUGAUGGCUAUCAGUGUAAGGCAAGCUGUGCAGGACACGAGCUCCGACCACAAAUGGAUAAUAUGUGACGGUCCAGUUGACGCGUUGUGGAUCGAGAAUAUGAACACCGUGUUGGACGACAACAAGAUGUUGUGUUUGGCUAACUCGGAGAGGAUUAAGUUAUCGGAUAGUAUGCAUAUGUUGUUUGAAGUACAGGACCUUGCUGUGGCUUCUCCUGCCACGGUAUCAAGGUGUGGCAUGGUGUACAUCGACCCCAACGAACUGGGGUGGCGACCUUACGUGACAACGUGGCUGAAAACACAAAUCGGGUCGCAUUUGAAACAAGAUUCCAAGAACUUUAUACUGGAUUUGUUCGAUGCUUAUAUUGAAGAUGGUAUCAGGUACGUGGAGAAAAACCUAUCCCAGAUGAUGCCCCAAGUCGGCCUAAGCAAAGUUGCCACGUUAUGUUCCCUCCUCCAAUCCCUGUUGCUUGGUAAGGGAGGACCCGACCUUAAACAAGAUCCGUUACGCCUGCAACCUAUGAUAGUUAACGCAUUCGUGUUCUCAUAUAUCUGGUGCGUGGCCGGGAACGUCAACGAAAACUGUUUCGAUAAUUUCGAUUCCUUUAUGAGGUCACAAAUGGAGGAUAAUCCAGAAAUAAAGCUCCCAACUGGUGCCGAUAUGUUCAGUUAUUACAUCGACUUUGACUCUAAACGAUUCGACUUAUGGGAACGAAUCAUACCCGCGUUUAAAUACGACACGGAGGUUCCUUUCUUCGAUAUGUUGGUACCCACCAUCGAUACUGUGAGGUUUGGUUACCUGAUGGAUAAACUGUUGGCUGUGGAACGAUCGGUUCUGUUUACAGGCGGCACUGGUGUUGGCAAGUCCGUGGUAGCUCGUGGUUUACUGGAUUCGAUCUCGGAGCAGAAGAACUACGUGCCCGUUUACAUGAACUUCUCGGCACAAACCUCGUCCAUUAGGUCGCAGGAGUUCAUUGAAGCAAAGCUGGAAAGGAAGAGAAAAAACAUUAUUGGUGCCCCCCCUGGAAAGAGGGUUAUCAUCUUCGUUGACGACUUAAACAUGCCUAAGCUCGAUCGAUACGGAAGUCAGCCCCCCAUCGAACUACUUCGUCAAUAUCAAGAUUUUGGGGGUUUGUAUGAUCGGGAGAAGAUGUUUUGGAAGGUGAUCAAAGACGUGACAAUCGCAUCAGCGUGUGCUCCCCCCGGUGGUGGAAGAAACAACGUAACUCCCAGGUUUAUUCGUCACUUUGGGAUGUUCUCACUCCCCUCCCCAUCCGAGUUCAAUCUCAAAACAAUUUUCAACGCGAUCAUGGGUGGCUUCCUCGCCGACUUCCCCACAGCAGUGAAGCAAGCCUCUACUAAUAUAGUUGACGCAGCCAUUGAGAUAUACGGACGAAUGUCGACCGACCUGCUACCAACACCCACCAAGUCACAUUAUGUAUUCAACCUCAGGGAUUUAUCUAAGUGUGUGCAAGGGAUCAUGAGAGCUGAUUCCGGGGUCAUAAGAGAACAGGUCCAUAUCUUCCAAUUAUUCUGUCACGAAGCACUUCGAGUUUUUCACGAUCGUCUCAUCAACUCUGACGAUAAAAAUUAUUUUUACGCGAUAUUAUCGGAGAUGGCUAGCAAGCAUUUCGGACAAACUGUGGAGGCGGAGCAGUUUGUGACGAAACCGAUUUUGUUCGGAGAUUAUUUGAAAGUUGGAGCUCCUAAAGAAGAAAGGGUGUAUGAUAUAUUGACUGACAGGAUUGACAAAGUGAAGUCGGUCAUCGAAGAUUACCUCGACGAUUACAACAUGUCAUCACCCAAAGAGAUGAAACUCGUUUUCUUCCAAGAUGCAAUCGAACAUAUAUCGAGGAUAGUUCGUAUGAUUGUCACUCAACGUGGUAACGCCUUAUUGGUUGGUGUUGGGGGGUGUGGCAAGCAGUCUCUAACCCGAUUGGCUUGUCAUAUGUGUGGAUACCAAUGCAUACAGAUAGAGUUGACGCGAGGUUAUAAUUACGAUUCAUUUCAUGAAGAUUUGCGGAACGUUUACCGCAUCGCGGGUGUGGAAGGAAAGGACACGGUGUUUCUGUUCACCGAUACGCAGAUCGUCCAAGAAGAAUUUCUCGAAGACAUCAACAACAUUCUCAACUCCGGGGAAGUCCCCAACUUAUUUGAGAAAGAUGAGUUAGAGCAAGUGUUGGCAGCGAUACGUCCGUUGGCUAAAGAAGCCGGAAUUCCUGAGGGAGAUAGAGAUGGGGUGUUCCAACAUUUCAUCGCAAGAGUCCGUCAAAACCUACACAUAGUAUUAUGCAUGUCCCCUGUGGGUGAUUCGUUCCGUGCUCGGUGUCGGAUGUUUCCGUCGCUCGUCAACUGCUGCACCAUCGACUGGUUUGUACAAUGGCCCGAAGACGCGUUACUUAGCGUUGCACAAAACUUCCUCGGACCUGUGCAUGAGUUGGAGGACGACAUGAAACAAACAAUCUCUAAGAUUUGCGUCGAGAUUCAUACGAGUGUUAAUGUGAUGGCCGAGAAGUUUUACAAGGAGCUACGUCGGCAUUAUUACACGACACCCACCUCGUACUUGGAACUCAUCAACCUUUACCUUGGGAUGCUGGGCGAAAAGAAGCGACAACUUGUGACCGCUCGUGAUCGGUUCAAGACUGGUUUAAGCAAACUCCUUGAGACGAACGACCUUGUGGAUUCGAUGCAAGAAGAGCUGACGGCCCUCGAACCAGAGUUGAAGAGGAAGAGUGGGGAGACGGAGGUGCUGAUGGAGAAGUUGUCGGUGGACCAGGAGAAAGCUGAUCAGGUGCGUAAAGUAGUCCUAGAAGACGAAGCCGUAGCUAAAGUGAAAGCAGAGGAAACGCAAGCCAUCGCCGAUGACGCACAGAAAGAUUUAGACGAUGCUCUUCCUAUAUUAUCGGCUGCCAAUAAAGCACUAGAUGCGCUGGACAAAAGUGAUAUCGCCGAGAUUAAAGUCUUCGCUAAACCCCCCGAUAUGGUGAUGACUGUCAUGGAAACGGUAUGCAUUCUGCUCAACUCGAAGCCAGACUGGGCGUCGGCCAAAACGCUUCUUGGAGAUCCAACAUUCCUCAAGAGGUUACUGGAUUACGACAAGGAUAAUAUCGCGCAGAAGAUUUUGAACAAACUGACCAAAUAUAUCAAUAACCCCGACUUUGUGCCCGAGAAAGUAGAAAGGGUGAGGUUUGAU